AUGGCCACCCAGACUGCGUCCCAGACUAAGAAGCACCCUACUCUCAACCAUUAUGACAUUGUUAUCGUCGGUGCCGGCCCCGUCGGCCUGAUGCUCUCGACGUGCUUGGCGCGCUGGGGCUAUCGCAUCAAGCACAUCGACAACCGCCCGGAGCCGACCCCCACGGGCCGCGCUGACGGCAUUCAGCCCCGUUCCCUCGACCUCCUGCGCAACAUGGGCCUCAAGUCGGCCAUCAUGGCCCACAAGCCGGCCCGCGUCUACGAGGUCGCGUUCUGGGACCCUCCCAAGAGCGGCAAGGGCAUCGUCCGCACCGGCACCUGGCCCAGCUGCCCCAGCUUCAUUGAUGCCCGCUACCCCUUCACGACCCUGCUGCACCAGGGUCUGAUUGAGCGUGUCUUCAUCUCAGAUCUGGAGAAGAGCGGCGUUGAGAUCCAGAGGCCGUGGACCAUCACGGGCUUCACUUCCGAUGAGAAGGCUGAUCCCGAGUACCCUGUUACUGUUGAGCUGGCACACGUCGAUGGCACUUUCAAGCAGACCGUCAAGGCGAAGUACCUCUUUGGCGGCGAGGGUGCUCGGUCUUUCAUCCGUGACCAGCUCAAGAUUGGCAUCAAGCACAAGGAUCCUAUCUCCUACGUCUGGGGUGUCAUGGACGGCGUUGUCAAAACCGACUUCCCUGAUAUCAAGAUGAAAUGCACCAUCCACUCGGCCCAUGGCUCUAUCAUGGUCAUCCCCCGUGAGAACAACAUGGUGCGCCUUUACAUCCAGAUCGCCUCAUCGGAGGAGCCCGACUUCCAUCCUCGCAAGACCGCCACCGCCGAAGAGGUCCAGGAGCGCGCGAAGCGCAUCCUGCAACCCUACUCCAUCGAGUGGGAGACGGUCGAGUGGUACUCGGUCUACCCCAUCGGCCAGGGCAUCUCGGACCGCUAUACGCUCGACCACCGCGUCUUCCUCGGCGGCGACGCCUGCCACACCCACAGCCCCAAGGCCGGCCAGGGCAUGAACACAGCCUUCCUCGACGCCCUUAACCUGGCCUGGAAGAUCCACCUCGUCGAGGCCGGUUUCGCCCGCCGCGAGCUCCUCGAGACCUACGAGCCCGAGCGCAAGGAGGUCGCCGAGGCCUUGCUCGCCUUCGACAACAAGUACGCCAAGCUCUUCUCCCAGCGCCCUCCCCAGGCUUCCGAGGUCGCCGCUGCCAGCACCCACACCCAGCAAUCCGAAUCCUCUGUUGAAGAAGAGAAUGAAUUCAUCAAGACCUUCAAAGAAUCCUGCGAAUUCACUUCGGGCUACGGCGUCUUCUACAAAGAAAACGCUCUGAACUGGCACCCGGCCCACCCGGCCCAAUCCCACGUCAUCCUGCACCCCUCCAAAUCCAACACCCGCCUCAUGCCCGGCCGUCUCCUCACCAUCGCGGACGUGACCCGCGUCGUCGAUGCCAACGUUGUCCACCUGGAACAAGAAAUCCCCCUGAACGGCUCCUUCCGCAUCUUCGUCUUCGCCGGCAACCCCUCGGUCACAGCCCAAGCCCUCAAGGACUUCGCGGCCAACCUUGAGAAGAAGAACUCCUUCUACAGCGCCUACGCCCGCCCCGACGCAGCGCAAGUCUCUCACCACGAGCGCCACAACCCCCACUCGUUCUUCUACACCAUCUGCACCAUCUUUGCCGCCAAGCGGCCCGAGAUCGAGAUUAGCCGCGACGUUCCCGCCCUGCUGGCGCGGUACCGCGACCACAUCUAUGCUGAUGACAGGUGGGAUCGCCGCGUGCCCGAUGCCAAGGCCGCUGCGCACGCGAAGAUGGGGCUGGACCAGGAGAAGGGCGGUGUCGUAGUUGUCAGGCCGGACGGGUAUGUUGGUAUUGUGGUUGCGCUGGAGGAGGGCAGCGCGACGGUCGACGCGCUGAACCAGUACUUUGGGGCGUUUUGCACGAAGAAGCUUGGGGGUGAGGUCUGCCAGCUCUAG